AUGGAUUUAAAAAUCAUUAAUAAUUUAAAAAUCAUUAAUAAUUUAAAAAUCAUGGGAAAAAAGUCAUUGGUCAAUAAAGCUAGGGAUAUUCAAUUGGAAUCGGAGAACCAUACAAGUGUUGCUACUAUGCCAUCAACAAGUAAUGACUCAAUCUGGAACGAUUUCGACACUGAAGUUCAGAGUUUAGUCCAAAGUCGAAAUCCAACAUCCGCAUUUAUUGUAGAAAUUGAUAAAUAUCUUUUAGAACCUUUAAUUCCAAGAGCAGCUGAUCCUUUGCUUUGGUGGAAAGAAAAUAAAAGUGUUUAUCCAAGGCUCUUUCAAAUAAUGAAAAAACGUUUUUGUAUUUUGGUUACAUCUGUUCCAUGUGAGCGAAUAUUUUCAAAAGCUGGUCAGACAAUUACUGAAAAAAGAAGUAGACUGCAUAGUAAAAAUUUUGAAAAAAUGAUAUUUUUAAAUUUUAAUUUAUAG